AUGGCCACCAUCUCAGGGGUCAAGGCUCUAUUUCUUUCAGUUUUACUUUGCAGCUUGUCUCUCACUAUAUCAGUCACUGCAACAAUACCAGCACGGUCCAAUCUGAAUCUUUUCAGUAACUCAGCAUCGUCGUACUCAGCGAAAAUAUCUCUUCUCACUCUCGGGUGCUGUAAACAGUACGUUGGCGGUUCACACCAGUUCAGAAAUUACCAAGGCAUCCAGUCUCCCAGCAAGUGCCAAGAGGCAUUCAUUCAAUGCUCCGCUGACACCAAUUUGCCCAAAGAGAUCUCCAUUCUUGGAGACUUCAAUGUUCACCACCAGCUUUGGCUUUCCUCUCCCUUCACUGACCAUCCUGGUGAACUAGCCUACAACUUUGCUAUCCUCCAUGACCUAGAGCAAUUGGUGCAACACCCUACUCGUAUUCCUGACUGUCUUGGAGAUACACCCAACAUUCUUGACCUUUUCCCCCAGCCUCAGCCCCAGCCCCAGCCUUUUCAUCCCAGCCUCUCCCAGUGUAUCCUAGCCUCUCCCAGUCCAUCCCAGCCUCUCUCAGUGCAUUCCAGCCUCUCCCAGUCCAUCCCAGCCUCUCCCAGUCCAUCCCAGCCUCUCUCAGUGCAUUCCAGCCUCUCCCAGUCCAUCCCAGCCUCUCCCAGUCCAUCCCAGCCUCUCCCAGUGCAUCCUAGACUCUCCCAGUCCAUCCCAGCCUCUCCCAGUCCAUCCCAGCCUCUCCCAGUCCAUCCCAGCCUCUCCCAGUGCAUUUCAGCCUCUCCCAGUGCAUUCCAGCCUCUCCCAGUCCAUCCCAGCCUCUCCCAGUGCAUCCUAGCUUCUCCCAGUCCAUCCCAGCCUCUCUCAGUGCAUUCCAGCCUCUCCCAGUCCAUCCCAGCCUCUCCCAGUGAUAAUAAAGCAAUUUGGAUUUAGGAAAGGGAGAUUGUGUUACAAACUUACUGAGUUACACUUAGAUCUAUAGAAAACUGUUAUCAAAUGGCAUAUAACAUUUUAUGUUAUAUGCCAUAAUUUAUUAUGGCAUAUAACAGAUUAUUAUUACAGAUGCCAUUUCUUAAAGAAAUGGCAUCGUUUUUUUUUUUUUUUUUUUUAUUAUUAUUCUCUUUCUCUCUCUCCCUCCCUAAGGCAGUGCUCCUCUUACAAAGGAAAAAUAAAUAAUUAAAUAAAAUAAUUAAUUUACAAAUCAAGGGCUGGAUUUGUGUCUGUGGAGGCCUGUGAGCAGCCUGAGUGUGGAGGCCAUCUACCUGAAAUAUUUAUAUUAAUAUUUUUGUAUCUGUAUUCCAUGCAGUUUUUAAUACAUAUAAUAUAUUAUAGUGAAAGGAACAUAUUUAUUUAGUGUAAAUGAAACAAGUGGUUAUUUUGAUAGUAAUAAAAAAAAUAUUUAGUUCAUAGAAAACUAG